GAGCUAAUCAGGUUGAAAAUUAUAACAUAUAGCCUAACAUUGCCGGUUUCCCUUUCAACGGCUAUUUCAAUUGUAUAAUAUAUUUGACGUUCUUGCAGUGUGCUGUGGGACUAAAUGUGUUUCGUAGUUAUUCUAACGUGGAGGUGAAAUUGUGCACCUAAUAUAUCGAAGGAUCAAAAAUGAAGUUUACUUGAAACAUUGUGGACAUUAAAUGAAACAUAAUUCUAGAUAACAGAAGAACUAAUUUAAAAUAGUAAAGCACCCACAUACCAGGGGUGUAUCAACUAUGGCAGAAGUCGAUGAAAACACGCCCCUCCUUCGGUCAGGGCGUUCCGCCAAGGGGGAUAACCCAGUUCAUGUCAUGGUGCCUCAACCUGUAGAAACAUUGGGGUCUCUAGGCAGUGACGAAACAAGGGUGGCGCUACCAGAAUCUAGACCAAAUGAAAACAGUUUUCCUAAUGGCCGAAUCGAACGAAACAUAAGCGUUGAGAAAAUCUACCCCAUCUCACUAAGUUGGAAGAACGUCAGUGUUUCUGUGAAGAUCCCAGCCAAGAAAAAAUGGUGUUCCCGUACAACACAGAAGGCUACGGAGAAAUCGAUUUUGAAAAAUGUGAGUGGCUUAGUCAAUCCUGGCACUCUAGUGGCCAUUAUGGGAGCAAGUGGCGCUGGAAAAUCAACGUUAUUGAAUGUCCUGACAUCUAGAAACACCAAAAAUUAUGUUUUUAAUGGUGACAUAAGAGUGAAUGGUUGGCAUAUAGGUUCAAGUAUUAAAGGUAUCUCAGCAUAUGUUCAGCAAGAUGAUUUAUUUAUUACAACACUGACUGUCAGAGAGCAACUACAAUUUAGGGCUUUACUUCGAAUGGACAAAAAGCUGGACAAAGCUUCAAGACUUGCCAGAGUGGAAGAUGUUAUAGUUGAGAUGGGUCUGACUAAAUGUGCAAACAACAGAAUCGGGGAUGCUGGUGGAGGUAAAAAAGGAAUUUCAGGAGGUGAGCGGAAGCGACUUUCAUUUGCAUCAGAGGCAUUGACAAACCCACCAAUUUUCUUCUGUGAUGAGCCUACCUCAGGCUUAGAUUCUUUCAUGGCCCAGAAUAUUAUCACAACACUACAGAAAAUGGCUUCUAAAGGGCGAGUUAUUCUCUGCACCAUUCAUCAACCAUCUUCUGAAUUGUUUUCUAUGUUUGAUCAAAUUCUACUGUUGGCUGAAGGCAGGACUGCGUUUAUGGGAACACAGAGAGCAGCCAUGGAUUUCUUUCACAACCUUGAGUAUCCUUGCCCCAACAAUUAUAAUCCUGCUGACCACUUCAUUUUAACACUAGCCAUUGUGCCUGGUCAAGAGGCUGAGUGUCGCCAACGUACACAUGCUGUAUGUGACAAAUUCUGUGAAACAGAAGAAUACAUUAAAAUGGUAAAUCAAGCUGAAGACUUGACACAGACUGCCAGGCACAGCAAGACUGAUCCUCUGUUAAAUGAUAUAUUGGCAGGUGAAUCUAGAUAUGAAGUCUCCUGGUUAACACAGUUCAGGUAUUUGUUCUGGAGAAGUUGGAUCAGCAUGUUUAGAGAUGUCAUAUUGACACGAGUCAGAAUCAUGCAGGCCUUGACACUGGCUAUUGUCCUUGGCCUCAUUUAUCUCCAGCAGACGGUUGAUCAAAAGGGAAUCAUGAGCAUCAAUGGCGCCAUCUUUCUUCUUAUCACCAACACAUCCUUCUCCAACAUGUUUGCUGUAGUAAAUUCGUUUCCCUUAGAACUGUCUAUAUUUCUGAGAGAGUAUGGAACAGGCUUGUAUAGAGUGGACACAUACUACUUGACCAAAACUAUAGCAGAGGUGCCAUUGUUUGUUGCUGUCAGUAUUAUAUUUGCUACAAUAACUUACUGGAUGAUAGGACUUUAUGGCUCCUUGGAAGCCUAUCUGAUUGCAGUUGGUAUUCUGGUGCUGGUGGCCAAUGUAGCCAUUUCAUUAGGUUACUUAAUCUCAACAUUGUGUGGGUCAGUGACUGUUUCAUUAGCUGUAGCACCACCACUACUAAUUCCCAUCAUGUUGUUUGGUGGACUGUUUGUAAACAAUGGAAAUAUUCCAGUUUACUUUAUUUGGCUUCAAUACCUUUCUUGGUUUAAAUUUUCUAAUGAAGUAUUAAUGGUUAAUCAGUGGAGGAACAUUGACUACAUCCCAUGUCCCAACAUUACAAUUCCCACAAUUCCUCCCAACAUAACGACCCCUAGUGUGCCCAGCAUGCCUCAGUGCCUUUAUCGUUCAGGGAAAGAUGUCUUGGACUACACCAGUUUCUCUGAAGAUAACCUUGUUCUAGACAUCAUCCUUCUGGUUGUUUUACAAGUGGGAUUCCGCUUCUUGUCAAUAGUUGCACUCUUCAUUCGUGCCAGGAGAUCCAAAGAAUAAUUUACGUCACUUUGAGACCAUCUUGUUAAUACUCAGACAACUAUUGUGGCUUUAGUGAGCUACUGAUUUAACCACCCUGCCAAGAUAUUUUGAUAUAUUACUUAAAAAUGGAGAGAGAAAGAUACAUGUAAAUUAUUGGUAGUGAUGUCUAUGAAUAAGAAAUUAGAAUGAUUAAGAAAUUGUUUUAAUUAUAAUUGUUCUUCAUUCUUCCCAAUGCUCGUGUCCCCUCUUUCUUUAAUUGUGAAUAUAAUAGUCUAUAAUUGAUUCAUUUGUUAAACAUUGUUUCAUUGUUUUAUGUGAUGUGGGUGUGGGCGGUAAAUUGUAAUUCAACUUUAACUAAUCCAUAGUUGAAGAAUGUAUUUCUCAUUUUCAUGCAAUCUUUGAACUAGAAUUAGUUUAAAUAACAACUUUUAGAAGGUGCGGUGGCUUAUUGGUAAAGUGCUUGGCUUUCAAACCCAGGGAUUCCAGAUUUGAAUCUGGGUGAAGACUGAUAUUUUUGAUUUAGGGAUUUUAAGAGUGCCCUAAGUUUACUCAAUUCUAAUGGGUGUCUGACAUUAGUCAGGAAAAAUAAAGCGUUUGGUUGUUUUGCUGACUAAAUGACACUCUAGUUAACUCUUGACCAUAGAAACAGAUGACCUUUACAUCAUCAGCCCCAUAGAUCGGGGUACUAUAUUUUCAUAUACCACAUGACCAGGUAGCCAUUGUAUAUAAGAAAUAGCACAAACUGGUAUUGCAACAGUUAGAUUUAAUACGAUUGAUGUGUAAAUAGCAGUGUUACAUUAUAAGCUACCUGGACAGGGAUUCCAAAACAUUAUUGAAAUGUUUUUGUAAAACUAAUAUUGCUGAUUUAAUCUUGAUGGUGAUAUUGCAUUUUAGAGUUGCAAUGCUCUAGCCAAUACUAACUGGGGGUAAUUGUUUUAUUUUUUGUUUGUUUUUGAGUUAACUAUUUUUACUUUGAGAUUUGUACAUGUUCAAUUUUAUUAUGUAUACAUAUAUAUAUAUAUAUAUAUUUGGGGCUAAAUAUUGUUUUAUUUAUAUGUGCUGACCAUAUUUUUAAAAUUUAAUUUAAAUAAUAUGUAUAUGAUAAAAACAAGCGUCUAUACAAGGAGCUAGAAAUUUGAAAAAGGUUUAAUGCAUUUCAUAGUUAUUUUAAAUUUUAACAAUGCAUAGUAAUGAAAGUGAAAAAAGAAUUUUUCAUUAAUGAUUAUAGCAUUGCAUCUUUUUUAUCACAAUGAUUUCAUCCACACUACUUUCUGUCAAUAUUUAGUAGCCUCCAUCACAGGGAAAGAUGCUCUAUGGUGUUUGAGCUGUCUAUCUCAUUUAAAUCUCAGAAACUAAAAGCAAUUGUAAAAAAUUCAGAUUCCACCUUCCUUUUCAUUCUGCUAGAAACAUGUGCCAUGACUUCUUUUGUCUUCCAAACUUGUACAAUUAUUUAAAGAUCAAAUAUUCAUAUUGUGUAUACCAGUUACAAAACAAUAUGAAAAAAAUAUGAAGUUAUGCAUUUAAGUACUAGUGGUUUUUGCAAUGCAAUAGUAAUGUAUUUUUAUUGUUUUUAUUUUUUAAAUAAAGACAGCGUGUAUCUUAUCUGUAUCAUGUUAGAAAAAAAAGCUGCAGUGAUAAAAUUCCCUUAGCAAUGGCAAAAUUUCCUUUUGCUAUUAAAAUGAAAUUAACAAACA